AUGUCGAUUGCUGCCGAGUUUCGCACGUCGGGAAAGAAAGUGAGCGGCUCUCUCGGCAAUCUGUAGUCCAUCAUGCACCUCUGCAUCUGCGCCCACUCCUGCCCAGGCAGCCCUCGCACCGGCUGUGCGCCGCGGCUGACGUCGGGCGAGUCGAGGAAGUUUGGAUCCGGCGUCGGACGUCCAGCGAUUCGCAGAACUCCAGGGUAGCAAAGAUGGAAGGCACUAACCCAUGCCUUCGUCUUUACACCUCGCUAGAUCAUCGCGAUCGGCCGGUACGUUCGGGCUUGGGCGCAUACUGUCGAAGCUGGCAAACCUGGCAAACUCCGUCGUCUUCGCCCGUCUAGUCCACCGAGCGCAGCUCACGAAGUUGCCACACCCACCACCACAGCAACUAUGCCGCUCACAUCGCCGAGUUGAACAAGUGAGCUUGUGCUCUCCUCUAGCUCUGCCCGCCCCGCCUAGAGCUGCCACUCAUGCUCGAACCUCGCUUUUGACCCCACCUUCGAACCUACCCGACGUCUUUGCUUGCGCCGGAUCCGUCCGGCUUCCGACAGCACCACCCCGACCGAGCCUUUCUUCUUCCUUAAGCCUACCACGAGUGUGAGUGCAGAACCACCUCUCGCAUACUCACACUUUCAGCCUGUGUUGACGCGCAAGUGAAAUCCUCGUCUGCCCGGCACUCGGCAGUACAAUGCCGACAAGGAGCCCGUCGAAGUUCCUCGAGGCGUCAAGGUCCACCACGAGUAGGUCUACAAGAAACGUGCUCAAGUCCCCGGUGCAACGAGUCGGUGUACCCUCGCUCAACCGAAUGUUGCACUCUAAGGGUCGAGCUUGGCGUUGUGAUUGGCAAGGGCGGUCGGGACAUUCCUUCCGCUUCGGCGAUGCAACACGUCGCCGGAUACACGCUCGCGAUUGACUACACGGGCCGCAACAUGCAGGACGCAGUCAAAAAAAAAGGUCUUCCUUGGUCCGCCGCCAAAGGCAUGGACACCUGGUGGUUCGUUCCUCCCUCAACAGGUUGACCCGUUGUCUGACUUUGCUCAAGUCUGACCCACUGCGGUCAACUGUUCACAUCUGCAACAGCCCGGUAUCGAGGUUCAUCUCCAAAGACGAGGUCAAGGAUCCGCAUCAGCUGAGAUUAUGGUACAAGGUAAGCCAAACUUCCCUGAAUCCACAAAGGAUAGCAAAGUGCUGAUGCUCAUUCUUUUCGGUCCGGGUCCUCUGUCUUCUCUGACACCCGACUUCUUUCGCUGCUCAAAGGUCAAUGGAGAAACCCGGCAGGACGGACCGACGUCGUUGAUGCUGUACAAGAUCGAUCGACUGAUUGAACAUUGCUCGUCCAUCAUGCGGUUGGAGGAAGGCGACUUGAUCUUGACCGGUGGGCAUUCUGACCUCUCGAUGGUGCUAGGUUGAUUAUCAACUCACCGAGAGCCGCUGAAUUGCCCGAAUCAGGUACACCCAAGGGGGUCAGUCAAGUCGUGGAAGGCGAUCAGAUUGAAGCAGGACUUCAACAGGAUGAAACCGUACUCGCUUCUCUCUCGCAUCGCAUGAUCAGGCGGGAAGGAGGGUACGAGUUCAAAUCUGCGGCUUAA